AUGAACCACCACCUGCCCCCGAUGCCCCAUGGGCAGCCGCCUAUGCCGCAGUCGCGGCGGCAGCAGGACUUCUCCUACAACCCUGGUCAUCCCAACAUGCGAUCCCCACCUUACAUGGGGUAUCCCCCACACAUGAACGGCAUGAAUGGCAUGAACGGCCACAUGCCUCAAGCAUAUUCGCCUCAACAAUUUCCUCCUUGGUAUCCGCCUUAUGGUCAUAUGCAACUUCCUCCUCGUCCCUACCAAGCCCAACCUCAUUACGGCCCUAUGAUCGUGUCUUCCUACCCGCCCUCACAGCCGAUCAUGGCUCCCAACCAUAUUCCUCCUCAUUCACUACCAAUGCAGCCAAGGUCAUCAACACCUUUACAACCCAACAUGUCACCACCAUACCGUUCUUCCCGUGCAACUGCCCCAGCACUACCCCAUCGCGACUCCACCCCGCGAUGGGAGCCGAAGACUGUCCCCGAGCCCGAAGUUACCGAACCUAAACCGAAACUUCCCUUUGCUGCACCGCUGCCCUGGCUCUCAGUUCCCGAAGUGUCUUUCCCGCCAAGACUGCGAACCAGACGCCGAUCGGUUCGUCCUUUGUUGUCUGCCGUCGAGUUCCCCAAGAAAGAUGGCAAACAUAUCAUCGGAGAGAGGAAGGAUGACGAAGACGCGAAGCCUGUCGAAGACGUGAAGCCUGCCGAUACUGCUGCUCAUGCGAUCUCCGAACCUCAAACUCCCACCACCUCUAUUCCCCAGUCGGAAGCAAACUCGACACAGCCAACGACUCCAUCUUCUGCAGCGAAAUCCCAGACUACACAGAAAAGCACAAAGCCUGCGCCUGUUGUUCCAGUUGUGCCAAAUGUUCCAGGAACUCCUCGUCGCCAAACCACCAAAGACACUUCUAGCGUUGGAUCUGAAACGCCCAAGUCGGCCACUCCUGAUGCCGAGCAGACACCUUCUGUUACCACUGCGGAAGCCUCAGUCAAACCGGUUUCGCCUGUGCGCGCAGCACCUAAAUCCUGGGCCGACCUUGUCCGCUCCAAAGCUGCAGCUGCAGCCGCAGCCGCGGCCGCCGCUAGCGCUGUCGAGGCCGUUCCUGUCCCCACCGAGUCAGGAGCGUUGGCUGCACCGAAGAGCGAGUCUCUUGGAGAUGUGUUGAGCACCCUUGGAGAAGAUGUCACCCAAUAUAGUGACAAGAUCGCUUUCCUCGAGCCCCGAGGACUCGUCAACACUGGAAACAUGUGCUAUAUGAACUCCGUCCUGCAAAUCUUGGUUUCAUGCGUCCCAUUCCAUCAAUUCCUUGAGCAUGUUGGUCGCCGGGCCGUGCACAGCUUCAAGAGCGACGUGCCUCUCAUUGAUUCCUUGAUCAUGUUUAUGAGAGAGUUCCGCGUUAUCGAUGCUGCAACUUCGGAGGACCAAUUGAGAAUGCGACUGAAGCCCACUGAACUUGAACAGUAUGGCGAGUCCUUUGUUCCUGAGUUUGUUUAUGAUAUGAUUCGACAGCUCCCUCGCUUCAGGGACAUGCGACGUGGUCACCAGCAAGAUGCGCAGGAAUUCCUGGGCUUCCUUCUCGAGGAGAUGCACGAAGAGUGUGACCGUGCCGCGAAAUCCAAAACCGAUGCUUCCCAAGACUCCACUGAGGGUUCUUCCGGAGACGGAUGGCUCGAAGUCGGUGCUAAGCAAAAGUCAGCCGUGACCCAGUCCUCUGGUCACAUCGCUACUGAAUCUCCGGUCACUAGAAUCUUUGGAGGCAAGUUGCGUUCAGAGUUCAAGGUUCCUGGUAACAAGACAUCUGUCACCAUGGAACCAUAUCAACCCCUGCAGCUAGAUAUUGGUUCCCCUGAAGUCCACAAUAUCAUUGAUGCCCUUCGAGGACUCACCAAGCCUGAAAGCAUUCAAGGCGAUUUCAACUCUUCCCGCGGUCCCAACGUCACGGCUACUAAGCAGAUGUUUAUCGAAACUUUGCCCCCAGUCUUGAUUCUCCACCUGAAGCGUUUCCAGUACGACAGCGUGACCGGUGCUACUCAGAAGAUCUGGAAGAAGGUCGGAUACCCCCUCGACUUGGAACUUCCACGAGAAGUCUUCCCAGCACACCGCCGCAACGCCAUGAAUGCGCAAGGCGGUCUCCCGAAGUAUCGCCUCAUGGGAGUCAUCUACCACCACGGCAAGAAUGCCAGCGGUGGCCACUACACUGUCGAUGUUAGGCGCCAAGAUGGCCGUGAGUGGAUUCGCAUGGAUGAUACUGUCCUUCGCCGUGUUCGCAGCGAAGAUGUGGCGGAAGCUGGCGGUGAGGAAGAUCCCAAGGUGCUUGCAGCUGCUCUUGAAAAACACAACAAGCAAGACAAGAAUACUCAUGCCAACAUCUUCAACCACAUUGACCAAGAUGAAAUCGAGGCCGCCGACAAUGACAAGGGCUGGAGUCAAGUGAACGGAACUGGCUCCAAUGGACACGCUAGUAAAAAGUCCGUCAAUGGAGUUGCACCUCCCUCUGCCCCGUCAUCUGGGGUGCGCACUCCCCUUGGAAGAUACGGCACUCGCGACAACAAGGUCGCCUACCUCCUCUUUUACCAGCGCCUGGCAUAA